AUGCUGGCAUUGACAUUGACAGCAGAGCUCAACGGCGUAACAGACCUCCGAUCAGACGACACCGAAGCCAACCCCUUCUACUACAGCUUUCGCGUCCAGUGCACCUCCUGCCGCGAGACCCACCCGAACUGGGUCAACAUCAGCCGCUUCGAAUCGCAUGAGCAAAGCGGCAGCAGAGGCGAAGCGAACUUCGUCUGGCGCUGCAAGAACUGCAAACGCGAACACUCCGCCAGCGUCAGAAAUCCGCCAGCGACCUACCCACACUCGUCUCCGCCCCAGCGGCGCAACAUCAUUGAAUUCGACUGCCGAGGGCUUGAGUUCACGGAGUUUAAGUCGGAAGGGGACUGGCUGGCUACGGGGCUCGAGUCGAACACAAAGUUCUCGGGGAUUGAUUUGUCUGAGGGGGAGUGGUUUGAUUAUGAUGAGAAGGCGGGGGAGGAGGUCAGUAUCAAGGAUGUGAAGUGGGAGAUUAGAAGGGCGUGA